UGAAAACCUGCUAGAUAUGUGAGCGGUAAUAUGCGUAGGAUGUAAGAGAACGGUUCACCGAGCGAACCGGUAUAAAAAAGAUUUGACUGUAUCACCCCAGCUCAUACCUACAGUAGUCAUGAUUCGGUUUGUAGUUAUUUUGUCAGUGUUUGUUCUGGCCAUUCAGGCUAAGCCUUCUGAGAAUGAAUACUACCGACUUCUAGAGGACCUUCUUGAACGUAAUGUUCAGACAUGUCGAGUAAACGAGAUGUAUUUGAACUGCGAUUAUCAAGAACAGUGUCAAGGUGAAACAUGUCCGGGAGAUAAAUAUUGUUGCGCUUCCAAAUGUGGAAAAAUUUGUAUGUGUCAUCCAAUUCCACAGAACUGUGGACGUCACUGUCCAAAUGGUUACCAGCUAGGAAAUAAUGGAUGUUACAUUUGUGAAUGUAAUGCCAAACGAAGUUUUAAGCAAUUUCUGACAAGGUUACUUCAAAAGGAUGAACAGAAGGAAGAAAUCGACGUAAUUGACGACGAACGCAAAGAUCUGUCAGUAUCAUCUUCUGAGAAAUACAGAAAGUGAAGAAUUAUGUUAUAUUUUUGUCAUCGGCACACAGUACACCAGUGAAGAUGCCUUUAUAUGAACAUUUCUGUAUACGUCACGCUAAAACAGCCACAUUUCUGUAUACGUCACGUUAAUACAACCACAUUUCUGUAUACGUCACGCUAAUACAACCACAUUUCUGUAUACGUCACGCUACUACAGCCGGGCCUUUUCUCAAAACACUAUGUUAUUCAUCGUAUUUCUCAAGUUUGAAAUAAUUGCCUGAAAAAACAAAUGUUUUAUUUUUACUUUUUUUAUAUAAAAUUUCAUUUUUUAUUUAAUGAACAAGAUUGCUUUAUUUAUAUUAAACAAAUUAAGAAUUGAA